AUGAAAGAUCCGCACCCACAGAUUUGGCCUGAAUUAUGCGAAAUGAUUGGCGUUGGUGUACAAAUUGAUGCAACCACCGCUUCUAACCGGAUUUACCUACUACGUUCAGCUCUUGAAGUGGACGCACCAAGUUGUAUUAAGGAAAUUGCCCUAAAAGCCAUAGCAGGUUGCAUCGCUACAUAUACAUGUGAAGCAACAGCGCGGAUGGUGUAUUCGGAAAUAGAUAACAACAGAAUGAAGACUAAUGCGCUUCUAAAAUUAUUUGAGGAAUAUGUGACCGAUACAGACGAUAAACUAUGUACAGCAGCCGUGUCAGGCAUUUGUCGAAUGUUGAAUCAAGGAUUGCACAUGUUUCCAUCUGCUCUCUGCUGCUGCCUUUUGCGUUACUUCGACCAAGCGUGUCCACCUCGUGCAUAUGCUAAGCUAAAAAAUUUUUUCGACCUUUAUCCGACGUCGGAUGAGUAA